AUGCGCUCGAAGGUGAGCAAAUCGAUUGGUUUCGGGCUCGCGCUGGCGCUGUGCGCGGCAGGGCGGGAGCACGCGCGCGUCGACGCGCUUCAGGUGAAGCCGCACACUGAACCGCUUCGGGAGGUGCAUACGACGGUAGCCCCGACGCUGCUUGAGCAGACGAACACUUCCCGAUGGAGUGACAAUUCGGGGGUUCUUUGUGUCAUCUCGCGCCAAGGUGCCGGGUGUGCUCACCGCUCGGUCGACAUUGACGGUUUCAGCUACCAGGGCGCAAGCUGCCCGAAGGACCUUUGCUGCAGCAAAACGGCGUGCCACAUUCCGCACGGUUGCGGAGCCUUCUGCGAAAGCAGCUGGGCCUUGUGCAGCACGUCCAUCGUGUACCACAAGGACAAGAGCUACGGAGGGGACUGCAGCUGCGAGAAACAAGGGCACCGUUGCCACCAGCAUGCCGUAUGUGUAGAAAACUUAAAUCCUGGAGGGGGAGCGCGCUGCGAGUGCGUGACCGGAUUUAUGGGCGAUGGCAUUCAUUGCGAACCGGACGCCUGCUUAUCCGAAGGAUGGAAUCCCUGCGGCAUUCACGGCGCCUGUGUACCCCAUUCAGUGGACAGGUACUCAUGUGAAUGCUACGACAACUUCGAGCGGAUUUUGGAUUCCGACGGCAAAGAGACAUGCGGACUGAAGCCGGGCAGCGUUUGCCGGGUCAUGGGCGGCAACUGCAAGGCCGGCAGAUGCGUCGAAGAUCCCAACAACCCCCACGGAUACAGAUGCGAGUGUCCUCCCAACCAGUUCCAUUCCGACGUCGGAGAGCCGACGUGCGUCUCACCCUGCGAAGAGACUGGCGGGGAGACGGACUGUCGCCCUGGCUCCUGUAGAGCUACUGGCACAAGUAGCUACGCCUGUGAAUGCCCUAACGGAUACCGCGAAGGCGUCGGCUCCGGCGACCGCUCGAUCUGCGAGCCUGUGCUUGUUGAGACGCCCGAGCAGACGCCGCAGACAGAAGAGCAGUCACAUUCUAGUGAACAGGAGAAGGAAGAAGAAUCUGGUGAGGAAGAAGAGUUUGGUGAGGAAGACGGCGAGUCUGGCGAGACCGGUGGCGAGAAUGGCGGCAUCUCUGGCGAGAUCGGUGGCGAGAAUGGCGGCAUCUCUGGCGAGAUCGGUGGCGAGAAUGGCGGCAUAUCUGGCGAGAAUGGCGGCAUCUCUGGCGAGAUCGGUGGCGAGAAUGGCGGCAUAUCUGGCGAGAUCGGUGGCGAGAAUGGCGGCAUCUCUGGCGAGAUCGGCGGCGAGAAUGGCAGCAUCUCUGGCGAGAUCGGUGGCGAGAAUGGCGGCAUCUCUGGCGAGAUCGGUGGCGAGAAUGGCGGCAACUCUGGCGAGAAUGGCGGCAUCUCUGGCGAGAUCGGUGGCGAGAAUGGCGGCAUGUCUGGCGAGAUCGGUGGCGAGAAUGGCGGCAACUCUGGCGAGAUCGGUGGCGAGAAUGGCGGCAUCUCUGGCGAGAUCGGUGGCGAGAAUGGCGGCAUGUCUGGCGAGAUCGGUGGCGAGAAUGGCGGCAUCUCUGGCGAGAUCGGCGGCGAGAAUGGCAGCAUCUCUGGCGAGAUCGGUGGCGAGAAUGGCGGCAUCUCUGGCGAGAUCGGUGGCGAGAAUGGCGGCAUCUCUGGCGAGAUCGGUGGCGAGAAUGGCGGCAACUCUGGCGAGAUCGGUGGCGAGAAUGGCGGCAUCUCUGGCGAGAUCGGCGGCGAGAAUGGCGGCAACUCUGGCGAGAUCGGUGGCGAGAAUGGCGGCAUCUCUGGCGAGACGGGUGAAGGUUACCCUAACGGGGAUUCUUCGCAAUCGGGGAAGGAUGAGGCGGGAAUGGAAACAGAGGACCCGAGUGGGCAGGGUCCUGAAGACGCGGACACGAAAGUCUAUAAGUGCGUCGACAAUAUAUGCCACCCUGGAAAGUGCCAGGAGACGUCACCAGGCAAGAUGGAGUGCAUGUGUCCCCCAAAGUAUGUCAGAGUCUACCGCGCAGAUAGCGCCUACUGUGUGUUUGGACCGCAGUGA